UGGGAGUUGGCUAAUUCCUGAUGUGGACGACACAAGCCUGAGGUUCAAACAUUAAGACCGGGACGAGUCGGCUUAGAGAGGAGGACAAAGAGAGGGGGGAAGAGGAGCAGAGGUGCUGCUGUUAGACGCUGGGUAAGUUCACUCAUUUCUGCAGCACACAGUGUGUGAAUGUGUGUGUGUGUGUGUUUGACAGGUUUCCACAGGGAGAAGUAUGUGGACGUCAGGUGAAUUUUGUGCCUUUAAGCUGCUGUUGUUGUGGAUUAUGGUGUUGUGAAAUCUUACAAAGGAUCUCAAUCUCUGCAAUGUCAAUAAUCCACAGGAUUAUCCCGUGUUUCUGUUUCUGGGGCUGCACGGCUCGGCUCGCCGGAUGACAAAACUCUUGAGUUCUUCUGUGCAGCGAUGGAGUCUUUCUAUGGAGAUGCAGAAGAAAGCACUGAGGACAUUCCAGGACGUAAAAAGUCCAAGUUCAAGUCUCUGAAAACUCGUCUCUUCGGGAGGAGUAAGAGAGCAGGUGGAGAGGAAGACGCCAAACUCAGUCAGUCAGCCAGUGACAUCACAGCAGAGAAGGACCUCGGAUCAGAGGAAGACUUGGCAUGCUCCCAGGGGAUGAUGGGAUCACGGGCAUUGUCCCAUGACAGCAUUUUUCUGGCUGAUCAGGUCCUGACAGACGCUGAUCCAGCCAGAGUCUUAUCCCAGGAGAAUGUGCACAGCAAGAUUAAAGCUCUGCAGACGAAGCUUCAGCUGCAGAAGUUGCAUUUCGGGCCACCGCCUAUGGUUCUGCCCACCAAACGACCAGAGGAUGAAAGCCACUCCGAGGACGACGGACUUCCCCGUAGCCCCACUGAGGUCUCCAGAGGUGACGUCACAACCCAGGGAACCCUCACCAAGACCCGUCCACUCUCACCUGUCCCCAAACCUGCACCUACCAAACCUCUGCCCCUGAUUCCCUCCCAUCCUUCGCCUCCUUCUCUCUCCUCCAAUUCUUCUGUUGUUGAGCUCCCGCUGGACUUCAGCUCUCCAGCUCAGUUCACCCCCUGCCUGGACACCUCUGCUGCACGCCACCGGAUGUCUGUCAAGCCGAAAAACCAGAGAGCCAGCACCAAGAGGAGACUCGCUACAACCGACUCUAAGUCUCUCUCAGAUGUCCUGAACAACAUCGACCACAAUGAGUCUGUGAAAGUAGAAGAGCAGCAGCGUAUUACUCAAGAGGAGGUGGCAUUAGAAACAGAACAAGUAGAGGCCGCCGCUCCUAUUACAUCCCAGCACCUUCCUUCAAAAUCCCCAGAUGUGGAACCAAUCACUCCAGAGGCAGCAUCCAAAUCAUCCAGCCUAACUUUUCCCCAACAGGACCAGGCUCUUCCUGGGAGAGUGUCCUCUGUACUUAGAGUUAAGCCCCACAGAGCGGCUGAUGUAUUGUCCAGUGAGCGGCCACACUCGUCUUAUAUACCAUCAGAACUGCAGGACAAACGAGAGGAGGGGUUUGAGAUACAAGUAAUGUCCCAUGACAAGAGAAAAACUGCUGCUGUGAUGACUGAAGUUUCCUCUGCCUUUGGCUCAGGGGUUCAUCAGCAGGUUCAAGUGGAGACGGAAAACACAAGAGGAAUAAGAAGACCCACCCCGGGAUCUGGAUCCUUCUAUUCCCCCAUCACCACUGCCAAAAACCAAGAUGGAGAAAGACCCCGAUCGGGCAGUUUUGUGGGAGUGCUCGAACAGACUGAAGCCAGGCACAAACUGGAGGAUAAACCCUUUGCAAGCUUCAGGGAAAAGCCAGAGCCAAGAGGGCCCUCUGUCGCUGUGGGAAGACUUAGACAAGAUGGAGCUCCAGCCAAAAGUUCAGGUCUUCCAUGGGACAGGAAGGACAGCCUCACAAAGGUGGAAUCAGUGACGCCGUCUAAAAAUAUAACCACAGAUACAGGCGCUGUCAAGGAGGUGGGGAGCAGCCACGAGGUGGAAGAGGCGGCAGAAGCGCAGGAGGUCGAGGAGGACGAAGGGAAGAGGGCGUUUGGUAUUAAACUGCGCUCCACGUCUCAAUCGAUGAAAUUUCGUCCCGACGUCUCCUCUAACCUUAACUCAAAGCCCCCGGCGAGUGAGGAGCCAUGUGACAAACAGAAAAGACAGGAAACAAAUGAUAGUGCCAGCUUCACGUGUAAAAAACUGUCAACAAACAUCUUUGGUACAACGUCCACCUCUGGAGACCUGCGACAGUCAGAUCCAGCCCCAUCUAGCUUCUCCCUUCCAGUCAAGCAUAACCCGCCAUCGAUUUGUCUUCCUCCCGUCAUGCCAGCAGAACCCCAAACAACCUCCACGAACCCUAAAGAAGUUGAAGCUUCCCUCACAGCGCCUCAGGAGCCCACACCUGCCGCACAAUCGACCCCACCUGAGGUGUCCUGGAUGAGCUUGGCGAUGGAAAAGACCAGAAGCCUCCAACAGCUUCUUGCUAGAAGAUUACCCAGAGAUUUUACAGGCGUGCAGACAGUGACUCGACCUCAAGCGCAAGCGCAGACGACAAAUCAAGCGGAGACGGUGACUGUAAAAAGUACAACACCAGUAGAGACUGCAAAUCAAGCAUCCAUUGAUGUAGUCAAAGCAGAAACAGUGCAAAGUAGAAGUCCAGCACAGACUGUCAAACCGUCGCUUAUAGCAAUGCAACAGAAGUCAACGGCAUCUCCUGUUCAGUCAAACACCUCUAGAGAACCACAGACAUCAAAACAAACCAAUGAACUCCAGUCACAUCCAAAUACACCUCAGUCCGCCUCACAGUCUGCGUCCAUGCAGACUAACCGAUGGACAACCCAGCCUCCCUUGCAGUCUUCUGUACAAACAGAGGCCUCGCCUCAGUUUGCACAAGGGAGUGUCCCACAAUCUCUUGCACAAUCUUAUCUUUCCUCGGGCCAGCAGCAACCACCCUGGAGCAAUCGAGGUGUUCCCCCCGCCACCCAGCUCAAGCCCACAACUUCAGUUUCCACCACAUCAUCAGCUCGAGCUCCUCCUCCAGUUUAUGCCUUGGCAAAAGGGGAAAGGGAACCGAGCGUAGUGCAGGAAAAGGACGGUGGAUCUCUGUCAGGAAGAGGGGCCGUUUGGGCCGGGUCAGUAAGCGGGAAGGCUGCUUUUUUGGAGAAAAGGGCAGAGUGGACCACUCCACCUGGAAACAAGGGGGUAGAGGUGAAGAAAGCUCGAACAGAAGCCCAGACAUCAGGUGAAUCCGCCGCCACAGCCAAAACCACGCCUCUAAGCAAAGACACACAACCAGAAGGAAGACCAGGGCUGAAACCAGCAGAGUCAAGCCCCACCAAGAUUCCAGACAGGCCCCGUGAGGACAAAUGGCUGCUGAAAAAUACGCCAUCGUCUUCAUUGCCCUCGUCGUCGUCGCCCACGAUGCCGUCAGCUUUGCAGUCCAUGUCCGACAGCAGCCAGCCGUCCUGGAUGGAACUGGCAAAAAGAAAAUCAAGGGCCUGGAAUGAUAAGGCCAUGGACUGAAAGGGAAAACACACAUAUUGUUGUGUCUGUGAGAAAAGUGUUUGUAUACUGAAUUUUAUUUAAUUGUAAAGUGUUAAUGUUAUACUGAGAGGCAGACAGAGAGAAUAUAUAAUAUAUAUAUUGAUGAGUUCAUUCUCCAACACAAGCACUUCAAGAUAAAAAAGUAUUUCUGUAUCAUGUUUUUGUGAUUCAGCGUGUCACUGCUGUUAAAUAAUAAAAUUUCUAACGUUACAUUUUUCUGUCAUUUGUACGGAGCCUUAAAGUAAGAUGGCAAUGAUCGACUUUUAACUGGAGUUCGCAUGCUCUGUCCAUGUCUGCGUGGCUUCUCCCACAGGCCGAAGACAUGCAGGUUUAUUGGUGACUCUGCAUUGUUGGAGUUAUUCAUUGUUAAUGUGAGCGUGAAUGCUUGUUUGUCUCUCCUGGAGGAUCCCGAGGUGUUCCCAGGCUAGAUCGGCGACGUCAAAGAGGGCCAGAUUUGACAGAUGUGAAGAUGUGAAGAAACCAAGUCACAUCUGGAGUCAGAUAACACAGAAUAAGCUGUAUGGAACACGUUAAAACUUGCAUGAAUUUGAUACAAAUCUUCACCUCAUGUUCACUGAAAGCAGAAAGUAAUAUUUUGGGUCACAUCUACAGGUACAGCAGCAGUUUACGCCCUCAGAGGUUCACUUUUAGAGCGUUCGAACGCCAAAGCCAAGCCAAAUCCUCCAGCCACACAGAAUCUGACAAUCCUAGCAGGCCAUAAAUAAUAUAUUAGAAACAUGAAGCUUUGGGCUACAUGAAAUCUGACCGCUGGCCGUGAUUGGACCCCCCUGUCUGGGCUAUGUAGACCCUCCAGCAGGUUCUGGGUCUGCCUGAAGGCUGCAAACCUUCAUUUGUGCCAAGUUCUGAAUGAAUCUGGACCUUUGAACCGAGUCAGUCAGGGUGGAGAUCAGGAGUUUCGUCGGUAGGUGUCGCUGCAGAAUCUCCUCGUGUUAGGAAAACAGACACACGUGAGGUUGUAAACAAAAGUGUGUGUGUGUGUGUGUGUGUGUGUGUGUGUGUGUGUGUGUGUGUGUGUGUGUGUGUGUG